CCAGAUCCAAAAAUCUCCAAAACCAGCAAUAAUAUAACGUACAGAAGUAACAAACUGGUGGGACGUGGUGUCGAAGCGCCCAUCUCUGCGCGUGGGACAGUAACAAAGUAAUUGUCAAAACCAUUUAUAAGAAACGCCCAUCUGGUCCCUCCCAAACUUGCUCUCAAUCCCAUCUCUCAAACGCAGAUCGACUGAUAAUGUAGCAUCAACGAUGGGGAGAAGAACACAGAGAGUCACCAAAUCCCACACUCUCCCACCGUCACCAUCCCACUCUUUCUCUUCCUCUUCAUCCUCAGACUUCGAGUUCACCAUUUCUCUGUCCCCUCGCAAAUCCUCCACCGCUCUCUGCCCGGCCGACGAGCUCUUCUACAAGGGCCAGCUCUUGCCUCUCCACCUCUCUCCCCGCCUCUCCAUGGUCCGAACACUCCUCGCUUCCUCAAGCACCUCCUCCGCCUCCGACACGACGGCCUCGCGUGACUCCACCGGCAGCUCCAACGACUCCCACUCAUCGUUCAACAGCGACCUCGCGUUGCUCGCCGAGUGCGACUCGUCCAGGCCCAGCUCGGUCACCGAAGACGACGAGCUCAAGCGCCUUCACAACCCUAACCACCAGAUCAAGAAGAGCAAGUACUUCUCACUGUCACGAUUCUCAUCGGUAUUCCGAAAAGAACCCAAGAACCGAGACGCCGAUAACGUAUCCGGAUCGUCCGUUAAAAGAGUGAGCGCUACGGCUAAAGAGGUUAUUAGGAAGUACUUGAAGAAAGUUAAGCCGUUGUAUGAAAAGCUGUCGCAAAAGCAGCAGCAGCAGCAGCAACAGCAACAAAAACUGGGGGGAGUUACUACUCUAAGGCCUACCACUACUGUGCCUUUGUCAGUGAAAGCAGAGAGAUCUGAGAAAGACACAGAAAUAUCGGGCAAAAGUGCGAGCAAAGAGAAUGGCGGUGGGUUUUCUCAUUCUUUCUCAGGAAAUUUGAGGUACCCACGAAGGAGAAGCUGCGUUUCGAGCUGUCCGUCGUCGAUGCGGUCUUCGCCGAGUCACUCUGGCGUGCUUAGUCGGAAUGGGUUUAUGGGUACGGGUAGGGCCGGAGGGAUGUCCCACGCCGACACAUCGUCGAUGGAGGAGUUGCAGAGCGCUAUUCAAGGCGCCAUUGCUCAUUGCAAGAAUUCAAUGAUCCAGAGCAAGUCUAUGGUCAGUAACGAGAUUUGAAGUUUGAGAAUAAAUAUUAACUGAUAUUUAAUUCUGGUUCUUGGAUCGGUGUAAUUGUUUAACCUUUUCUUUUUCUUUUUAGUGUUUAAGAGGUAAAAAAAAAUGUAUUUACCUUUUCUUUUUCUUUUUCUCUUUCUCGCCUGAGACGUGAAUGAUGCAUGUGAAUGUGAUGGACCUGAUGAUAUUGGUGGGACGGCACGUUCAUUUUGGCUUUGCUCGUAGAUUUUGGCAUCAAAAUCCAAGCCUGCGACUGUGACUGUUAGUCAUUGGAACUCGAAA